UUUUCGAGCAACUAACGGUUUAGUGAGAGCAACUUGCUUGGUAUGGGGAGUUUUGGUUCUGUCUACAAAGCUAUCCUUGAAGAUACCACAGUUUUGGCUAUAAAGGUAUUCAACUUGCAAGUAGAAGGUGCAUUCAAGAGUUUUGACGUAGAAUGCGGGACAAUGCGACACAUUCGUCAUCGCAAUCUCACUAAGGUCAUUAGCAGUUGCUCGAACCUUGAUUUCAAAGCUCUAGUACUUGAGUAUAUGCCUAAUGGGAGUCUUGAAAAGUGGUUGUAUUCUUACAACUAUUUCUUAGAUAUGUUGCAGAGAUUAGACAUAAUGAUAGAUGUUGCAUGUGCUUUGGAGUAUCUUCACCAUGAUUAUUCAAUGCCUUUGGUUCACUGUGAUUUGAAACCCAGCAACAUCCUGCUAGAUGAUGAUAUGGUUGCACAUGUGAGUGAUUUUGGCAUUGCGAAGUUAUUAGAUUUGGGGGAGAGUGUCACACAUACAAAUACCAUAGCAACAUUUGGGUAUAUUGCACCAGAGUUUGGAUUGGAAGGAUUAGUAUCCACAAGCUGUGAUGUUUAUAGUUAUGGAAUCUUGCUUAUGGAAACAUUCACAAGAGUGAAGCCCACUGAUGAAAUAUUUUUUGAAACGUUGGAUGAGGGAGUCACUACCAAAUACAAUCUCUCAUGUUAUAGAUGCUAA